AUGUCGCAUAGAAAGUUUUCUGCGCCACGUCAUGGGUCAUUGGGUUUUACCCCCAAGAAGAGAAGUAGACGAAUUCGUGGCAAAUGCAAGGCUUUCCCUAAAGACAGGCGUUCAUUACCCCCCCACUUAACGGCAUUCCUGGGUUAUAAGGCUGGAAUGACGCACGUCGUCCGAGAGGUUGACCGUCCGGGCUCAAAGGUUCACAAACGCGAGAUUGUUGAACCGGUUACUAUUUUGGAGUGUCCUCCGAUGGUUAUUGUCGGUAUGGUUGGUUAUGCUCCAACAGCCCGUGGGCUCCGCACGUUUAAGACUGUGUGGGCCGAACACCUCACCGAGGAGUGCCGUCGUCGUUUCUACAAAGACUGGUGCAAAUCCAAGAGGAAGGCAUUUACGAAAGCCUCCAAAAAGUGGGCUGACGAAGCAGGUCUAAAAGAGAUAAACCGUGACCUUCGGAAAAUCAAGAAAUACUGUACCGUCGUCCGGGCGAUCGCCCACACUCAGCACCGUCAGAAGAAGGCCCACAUCAUGGAAAUUCAGGUGAACGGUGGAACUGUGGCUCAAAAGGUUGAUUGGAUCAGACAACAUUUUGAGAAACAAGUCCCUAUCAUGAAUGUGUUUGCACAGGAUGAGAUGAUAGACGUAAUUGGAGUAACCAAAGGUAAAGGAUUCAAGGGUGUGACAUCCAGAUGGCACACGAAGAAGCUACCGCGUAAGACCCACAAGGGUCUACGUAAAGUAGCCUGCAUUGGAUCUUGGCAUCCUGCCCGCGUCGGUUCAACUGUUGCCCGAGCCGGUCAAAAGGGUUACUUCCACCGCACUGAACUAAAUAAGAAGAUCUAUCGUAUUGGUCUCGCCCAGCUGGAGGCGGCCAAGGCAGAGGCUGCCAAGGAGGAUAACAAAGAUAAGGCGGCACUGAUCAAACCCAAAGGAAACGCUUCAACAGAAUUCGAUUUGACAGCCAAAAAUAUAACACCAAUGGGCGGUUUCCCUCAUUAUGGUGAGGUCCGAAAUGACUACGUAAUGAUCAAGGGGUGUUGCAUGGGCCCGAAAAAACGAGUAAUAACGCUGCGGAAGACCAUCCUCGCCCAAACGAACCGCAAAGCAAAAGAGAAGAUAUGCCUAAAGUUCAUCGACACUUCAUCCAAAUUCGGUCAUGGUCGCUUCCAGACCAGAGCAGAGAAGAAGGCUGUUAUGGGACCACUGAAAAGCGAUCACGAACGUGGAAAAGUUGCUGCCUGA